GCCUGGCCUGCCCAAAUCCUGCAGACGUGUUCGAGAGCUUUAGAACGUUGUUUGCAAUUGCGGAAAGCGGUAGCGAGGCAAGAGACACGGUGAAAGUUUCAAACAGAAAAGAGUGCAAGAUGCAGGAAUAGCCGAGUUCGAGUCAGUGGAGCAAUAGUUAAUAGGAGAAUAAUCGGAAUAAUCGGAGUCGGCGCCCCAAAGAUCCAUCAAAUAGUCGAGAAAUAACACAAUUAUUACUGGCAGGGCAGAACAGAACUGAGCAGAACAGAGCAGAACAGAACAGAACAGAACAGAACAGAACAGAACAGAAGUUGUAGAAGUAAAAGUAAAAGCCUCGUUUUCCAAAAACAGCAUCCACAACCAACCACACACUGUGAACGAACAUUAAAUGAAAAACGCCGAACGGGAUGGCCAAAAUGUGAAAAUCCAAUUCCAACUACAAAUCCAACAAACAAAUUACCCAGAAUCAAAUGAUUGAUAUACACAUACGUGUAUGUAGCAGCAGCGCAAACCAAAAACAAAAUCGGUUACAAAAACCAAACUCAUUUUAAUUAAAUAUGGAAAAAAUAAAUAUAGAAUAAAGAUAUAUACAUAUAUGCUGAAAGCAAGAGCGAAAGCGAGAGGAGAAAAGAUCAUAAAAUACAUAUUUUAUGAAAUUUUUUUGCAUAUUUUUUUACUGUUUGGCCAAAAACUAAACUGAGUGUGUUCAUAAAGCAGUACAAUGUAAAAUUAAACGGAAGGAUACAUUUAAACGCAAGGAUAACAAAUACAUAACUAGUUUAAACGACUGUGACUGUGACUGUUUCAAUGGAUUCGAGUGAAUUUUCUGUAAUUCCGUAGCGCCAAAGGACAUCGCGUGCUCAGAACUUACGGCGGAUUUUGAUGCAUUUUAACCCUGCUGCGGUUGUUUUAAAAAAGCCGUUGUGGCACACGUUCCAAGGUGUGAAUAUUAGAUUCGAAUUUAAUACAAUUAUCCUGCUAGCUUGUUUAUUUUCCGAGCUUCCUUGAGUCGAAUCGAGUGAGUUCGUGUGAUGAAUGCACAAUCCCAGCCGAGUCUGAAAGCCAUUAACACCCAAGCCUCAGGCGCACUGUAGCCCCAGUCGGUUAUAUCGCCACCAGUCGGUCAAGAAGGCCAAACCACUGCCACAGACAAACACACACACAGAAAACAGAAAAGCAGCUAAAAAGCAAAACAGUUGAACAACUGAACAGCAGCAUAAAACCACAUAAAACAACAGGGGAACUCAGCAAACCCCAAGGAAAAAUUGUUUGGCUGUUGCGAUGGAUUAGUGAUGCAAAACGGAGUACUGCAAAUCAAUUCAAGGCCUGCGGCUGCCACAGAUAAAUACAGAUAAAUACUGAUAAACACACUACAGGAUAGAAGUUAACUAACAACUAACAAACGGAUAUUUUUAAGCACCAUAAAGUACCAUAUGAAGGCAGUUUUCUAUAAAUUAUUACUGGAAGGAAGUAGGAGAGAAAACUAAGACUUUGAAGUGGGGCUGGAUUCGACAACUUCACUUUUAAUCACAACACUGCGGCCGCCGUCAUGUGGAUACAAAUCGCCUAUUUAAUCCUCAUCAUUGCUCAGCUGUGCGCUUUUGUCACAUCUGCAGGUGAAGCAGAUUACACACUAGAUGAUUCAUUUUGGAAUGAAGAAAGUCCUGUUGGUGAGGUGGAACGUUUACUUAAAGAAUACAGGCAAAAUCAAGAGCUUGUCCGUCGAAUCGGUGGUCAUUAUUACCAAAUUAUAUACCCUGUACAGCUGCGCCAUCACGAAAAGAUGGGCAUAUCGACGCGUGAAGUCAGUCUCCCAAAGCCGGGACAAAGACCACGACCACACGACGACAGUGGAUUUAACAGGGGAAGAACAAAGAAACACUUCCAUCGUACAUCGCUGCUAAUUAAAGCAUUUAAUCACAAAUUCCGUUUGGACUUGGAGCUUAAUUCGCAACUUCUUUCUCCAAACAUACAACAGAAACAUUACCACGUGGGUGGAUAUCUUGUGGACGGAAACCGACAUGAUAUCGAGCACUGUUACUACCAUGGGACCGUGAAGGAUUAUCCUGGUGCCAGCGCUGCCUUUCACACCUGCAACGGAGUGAGUGGCGUCAUCCACAUUGGGAACGAGACAUUUGUCAUCCACCCCUUUUACGGCGGGGACCUAUCGAAACAUCCGCACGUCAUCUUCGAGGCGCGCACAAAGGCCAACAAGGGAUGCGCCAACUCGGGAAACUUGGACUCGUGGCGACUGUCGCGUCGCACCAAGCACUUGUCCGCCGGAGUGGCCGGAGUCGUUGAGGAGAUCCUGCAGGGUGGUGUUGGACGCAAUAAGCGGGACGUCAGGGAGGCCACCAAGUACAUUGAGACGGCCAUCAUUGUGGACAAGGCCAUGUUCGACAAGCGAAACGGCAGCACUCGAGCGGAGGUCAUCCACGAUGCCAUACAGGUGGCCAACAUAGCCGAUCUGUAUUUUCGCACCCUCAAUACCCGUGUGUCGGUUGUGUACAUAGAGACCUGGGGAAAGAACCAGGCAGUUAUCGAUGGCAGCAAGGAUAUAAGCAAGGCCAUAUCCAACUUCAACGACUACACCUCGAGGAAUCUGUUCCAAAUUGAGCGAGACACAACGCAAUUGCUCACCGGUGAAACAUUUGCGGGCGGGGAGGCCGGCAUGGCCGUUCCCGAAACUGUUUGCACGCCCCGUGCUGUGGGCAUCAGCGUGGAUGUCAACGUGUACGAGCCACACCUACUGGCGGGAACAAUGGCACACAUGAUUGGCCAUAACAUCGGCAUGGGACACGACGACGGACGCGAGGAGUGCUUCUGCCGCGACUGGCAUGGCUGCAUCAUGGCCCAGUCGAUUGUGGGCCAGGAGAAUGUGCAGCCCUACAAGUUUUCGGAGUGCAGCAAAAAAGAUUACAUUGACGCAUUGCGGACUGGCCACGGAUUGUGUCUGCUCAACAAACCGAAUGAGAUUGAGCUGCGCCGAAACUGCGGGAACAAGGUGGUUGAGGAGGAUGAGGAGUGUGACUGUGGUACCUUCGAGGAGUGUGCUCUGGACCCCUGCUGCGAUGGCAUCACCUGCAAACUAAAAUCAGAGGCGCAGUGUGCCAGUGGGGCAUGUUGUGACCAAUGCCGCCUGCGACCAAAGGACACGAUUUGUCGUGACUCCAACAAUGAGUGCGAUCUUCCUGAAUACUGUGACGGUGAAAUUGGCCAAUGUCCUUCCGAUGUAUAUAAGAAAAACGGAUCACCAUGCGGACACACCAAGACUGGCAUUUCCGGUUACUGUUUUCAAGGAUAUUGUCCCACGCUGAGUUUGCAAUGUGAGGCGAUUUGGGGUUACGGCGGAUCCGCUGCGGAUCGUCAGUGCUAUGAGCAAUUCAAUUCUAAGGGCUCUAUCAACGGCCAUUGUGGACGAGAUGCCAAUGAGCAUUAUAUAAAGUGCGAACCCGAGAACGUUCAGUGCGGUACCCUGCAGUGCAAGGAUGGCGAACGGCAACCAGUUAACGAUGGGAUCGACCAGCUCUACUCACGAACGAUCAUCUCGAUCAAGGGACAGGAAUUCGAAUGCAAGGCGACCAGCGGGCAGGUGGGUUCCAACAGCUACCCAGAGCACGGCCUUGUCAAGGACGGAACUCCGUGCGGCGAUAAUUUGGUUUGCCUGAACCAAACGUGUGUCAGUUUGUUCCCCCACGUCGAUCAGACCAAGUGCCCGGCAAACACACAGGGCCAAGAGUGCUCAGAACAUGGUGUCUGCACUAACUCAAACCGCUGUUUCUGCGACAUGGGAUGGGGCGGCAAUGACUGCAGCUCUGUUGUUCUGCUCACCACGGCACUGCCAACCGAAGCACUGCCCACCCCGGAAAACACCAUCAAGAUGGAAAAGAAAGAAACCCCAUAUGAGAACUACCACGGCUCAAAUACAGUGUUCCUAGUCGGUGUUCUAAUGUCAGUUGUAGGGUUCGUUUUUAUAACAUUCACCUUGAUGGCAUUGUGCUACAGGUCAGUUGUAGUACAUAGAAACUUCUCCCUGUGUCUAAGGUUAGUUGAAAAGAAGUAAUGAAAAAGCCAGCUUUAAAUACAAAUACAAAUUACAACCACAAAAAGAACAAGCAAAAAAGUAACAUAAAAGUAUUUUUAAAACUUAAAAAACACUUGCAAAUGCAAAUAUGAAAAAACUUUAGUAAAUUUGUUUAUUUUGUUUCGCAUUUUGAUAAAUUUGUCUGUGUCGUUGCAUUAAAACCAUUGUCAUUGUUCGUUUUUGUUAAGCUUCAUGUAAAAAAAAAACACCCAAGCGUACUUACUUCUUCAAUGUAAUAAUUAAAAUCUUUAAGCAGUAUCGUAUGCAGGAUUAUGUAAAAUAUUCUAUUUAUUGUCUUUUAAAUUAUUUUUUUCGGUUUAUUCUGGCCUAAUUCGAUAUUAGUCUGCGUACGCAACUGCUUACUCACAAUUGCACAUCUGUAUACAUUUUAUUAUAUUUAUAAUUCGUACACUCAUAAAAAUAUUUUUCUAAAUUUUAGAAAUAUCGCCUUUAACUUGUGGCAUCAAAGUCUGUCGUUUGUAAUUGAAUUUAGAUAUCAUUUUUUAAACAGUAAUUUAACAGAAAAAAACUUUUUCAAUUCAGUGGAAAACAAAAAUAGUUUUUUUAGGCGAUUGCAAUAAUAACUUUUUAAGAUUUUAAAGAUCGUAUUUAAAAAUAAGAAAACUUUUUAUUAAUUUAACUGACAUGGCACUUUUAUUAGAAAGUCGCCUUUUAAUGUAGGAGAAUAAUUUAAACCAAUAAAAUAUUUUUUUUAUUUCAUUGUCAUUUCUUUUUUAAA